GCCAAAAAAGCACAAGAGAAAAAUUAAAACAUGGGAGUAAGCAACAACAUCACUGCAGUGCUAAACUUCAUAGCCCUCUUGGCCUCAAUUCCCAUCAUAGCAUCAGGGAUAUGGCUAGCAUCCAAGACAGACAAUGAGUGCAUCCACAGUUUCCGGUGGCCGGUUUCCGUCCUCGGAAUCCUCAUCCUCCUUGUUUCUCUAGUUGGCUUUGUUGGUGCUUAUUGGAACAAACAAGGGAUUUUGGGAUUUUACCUUUGUUGCAUGGCAAUUCUCAUAGGAAUUCUGCUGUUCGUACUUGUGUUUGCAUUUGUUGUUACUAGGCCUGAUGGAAGUUAUGUUGUUCCUGGAAGAGGCUACAAGGAGUCAAGGAUUGAUGGGUUUUCUUCUUGGCUAAGGAACCAUGUCACUGGCUAUGGAAGUUGGGAGAAGAUAAGGGCUUGUUUGGCUGGUUCUGAUGUAUGCAUUAAGCUCACACAGGAUUUCAUCACUGCUGACCAGUUUUUCAACUCUCAUAUCUCUCCUUUACAAUCAGGGUGUUGCAAACCUCCAAGUUCAUGUGGCUACAACUAUGUGAACCCAACAUUGUGGGUAAACAAUGCAAAUCCAAUGGCAGACACAGAUUGCAACAUGUGGAGCAAUGACCAGAGUCAACUCUGCUACAAUUGCAAUGCAUGCAAGGCUGGCUUAUUAGGAAACCUCCGAAGAGAGUGGAGAAGAGCCAACUUCAUUCUCAUUCUUGCUCUGCUUCUUCUCAUUUUCGUCUAUCUCAUUGCAUGCACUGCCUUCAACAAUGCUCAAACACAACACCUUUUCCAAUGUUACAAAAGGGGUUGGGUUUAAUAAAUCUUAAUUUUUUUUCUUUUAUCGUUUUUUAGGUCAAGAACUAAUUCAUAGCUGAUCUGAGCUCCAUUUAAGAAUCUGUCGUUGGUCAAUGGGUUGUUGCAUGCCCAAGAUGAGAUUCGAAUCCCCACACUUAUUUAAGCGGACGAAUGAGCUGACCACUCGACCAACCCAAAUUUCUUUUUUUUUCUUCUUUUAUCGAGUGAUGAUCAAAUCAA